ACACCAAUCUCAGUGGACAAAACCCCAUUUCCGAGCGCGUGUAAAACCCACCAUCUCUCUCUCUUUCUCUCUCACAAUUUCUCAAACGCUAAAACCCUGAGAGUUCGGAUCUCUCUCACACUCCACCGUAUUCAGUGAACACCCACAAAAACCGCCUCCAUAUAUAAUAACACCACCCACCAGAUCCCUUACGUUAACGCGUACGCUACCAAUCUCUCUCUCUCACACACACAACGGUAAUGGCUACGUCAGCGUCCCGAGCUCUCCGAACUCCGUUUCUCAAGACGCCGUCGUUGAGCUCCAAACAGCCUCUUACCUCCGCGCUCUCCUUUGCGCUCGGUCCGAGCCGCCGAGCCGUGAGGCCGCUAGUGGUGGUGGUAUCGGCGGCGGCUGGGGGGCUGGACGCGAAGCCCACGGUGCUGGUGGCGGAGAAGCUGGGCGAGGCCGGGUUGGAGCUGCUGAAGGAGUUUGCGAACGUGGACUGUGCGUAUAACCUGAGUCCGGAGGAGCUGUGCACGAAGAUCUCGCUGUGUGACGCGCUGAUCGUGCGGAGCGGGACGAAGGUGAGCCGCGAGGUGUUCGAGUCAUCGGGCGGCCGGCUCAAGGUGGUCGGGAGGGCCGGCGUGGGCAUCGACAAUGUGGAUCUGGCGGCGGCGACGGAGCACGGUUGCUUGGUUGUCAACGCGCCCACCGCCAACACCGUCGCCGCUGCCGAGCACGGCAUCGCGCUCCUGGCCGCUAUGGCCAGGAACGUUGCCCAAGCCGAUGCUUCGGUGAAAGCUGGAAAGUGGCAGCGGAAUAAAUAUGUAGGGGUUUCACUUGUGGGAAAAACACUUGCUGUGAUGGGGUUCGGAAAGGUUGGAACGGAAGUCGCCCGGCGUGCAAAGGGACUUGGUAUGCAUGUGAUUGCGCAUGACCCAUAUGCCCCAGCAGACCGUGCUCGCGCAAUAGGUGUGGAUCUUGUGAGUUUUGAUGAAGCCAUAGCAACUGCGGAUUUCAUCUCUUUGCACAUGCCUCUUACUCCUGCUACAUCAAAGAUUCUCAAUGACGAAACGUUCGCUAAGAUGAAGAAAGGAGUUCGGAUUGUCAAUGUUGCUCGUGGGGGAGUUAUUGAUGAGGAAGCUCUAGUGAGGGCAUUAGAUGCUGGAAUUGUUGCUCAGGCGGCACUUGAUGUUUUCACACAGGAGCCACCACCAAAAGACAGCAAGAUAAUUCAGCAUGAGAAAAUUACUGCAACUCCUCAUUUGGGUGCCAGUACAAUGGAAGCUCAGGAAGGGGUGGCUAUUGAAAUAGCUGAAGCUGUUGUGGGUGCCCUGAAAGGGGAGCUUGCUGCUACUGCAGUCAAUGCACCAAUGGUUCCUGCAGAGGUAUUAACAGAGCUGAAACCAUAUGUUGUACUUGCUGAGAAACUGGGGAGACUUGCCGUCCAAUUGGUAGCUGGAGGAAGCGGUGUCAAAACUGUUAAAGUGACAUAUGCUUCUGCUAGAGCUACUGAUGACCUUGACACCAGGCUUCUUCGUGCCAUGAUCACAAAGGGUAUCAUCGAGCCGAUAUCCAGCGUCUUUGUGAAUUUGGUUAAUGCUGAUUUCACUGCUAAGCAGAGAGGUCUCAGAAUAACUGAAGAGAGGAUCGGUCUUGAUGGUUCUCCUGAGAACCCACUUGAUUUCAUUCAAGUCCAGAUUGCCAAUGUGGAAUCCAAAUUUGCCAGUGCCAUAUCGGACUCUGGAGAGAUUAAGGUUGAGGGGCGGGUGAAGGACGGGAUUCCUCAUCUGACAAAGGUAGGAUCUUUUGAAGUUGAUGUCAGCUUGGAAGGCAGUAUUAUACUCUGCAGGCAGGUCGAUCAGCCAGGUAUGAUUGGAAGGGUUGGGAGCAUUUUGGGUGAGGAGAAUGUGAAUGUCAGCUUUAUGAGUGUUGGAAGGAUUGCCCCCAGGAAGCAAGCUGUAAUGGCAAUUGGAGUGGAUGAUCAACCCAGCAAGGAAGCUUUGAGUAGGAUUGGUGACGUUCCAGCCAUUGAAGAGUUUGUUUUCCUCAAGUUGUAGUGCGGUAUGAUUGUUACUACAUCAUUCCCCUCCCUCUCUUUGGAUGGGUAUUACAAUCACAUCCUUUUGCCGAUUUUGUUGAUUUUUUGCGUGUUGUAGUAGCUUGAAGGGAAGGAAAAACAAUAAUUUUGCUUUGAGAUGAGAAGCUUGUACUUUUAUCGAGUUUAUGGUAUUCCCUAAUUCAAGUUUCUGUUUUAAUC